AUGGAGCAUGCAAGACCGCCAACCGAAUUGAGUUUAGAUGGCAGCCCCGUCGGCCGGGCUGACGCAUGGAAGCGGUGGAAGGCACAAUUCAAUCUUUUUCUUAAAGCAUCGGGGGUGCACAAAGAAGAGGGAAGCAUACAGGCGAGUUUGCUCAUUAAUCUGAUUGGAUCAGAUGGAUUUGAUGUUUAUGAGACUUUUACAUUCGAUUCAGAAGAGCAACGUGAGGACAUCGAAAUAUUGAUGAAAAAAUUUGACGAGUAUUUCGGUGUUCAAUCUAAUAUAACAUUACUGAGAUAUAAUUUUUUUACGAGGUAUCAAGAAACUGGAGAAUCUAUUGAUCAAUAUGUAACAGCGUUAAAGUUACUCAGUAAAAACUGUGAAUUUAAAAAUUUAGAGCAAGAGUUGAUUCGCGACCGUAUUGUGUGCGGCAUAAGGAGCACAAUUGUAAGGGACCGGUUGUUACGGACAGAUGAAUUGACUCUGGAGAAAGCAAUUAAAAUAUGUCAAGCUGAUGAAAUGUCAACAGACAGCAAGCGUGUGAUGGAGACAGGUAGCUUCGGCAGUUCGGCGAGCUGCGGGCCCGUGCGCGUUGAGGCGCUGGCGAUGCGCGGUGGCGAGCGGCGCGGUGGCGGACGCAGCGGCGGGCGCGGCGGCCGGCGCGGCGCGCGAGCUGCGCACGGCGGGACCGCGACGUCGCCCUGUCCGCGUUGUGGUGCUCAGUGUACUGAUGUAGAUUCAUGUCCAGCUAUUUCGGUGAAAUGCUAUGUGUGCGGUAACUACGGCCAUUACGCUAGGAUGUGCAAAUGUAAAAAUAGUGUUAAAAAAAUGUAUGAAAUAGAAGUGAAUACAGAAAAAUCUAAUAAUGAUGAUUGUGAGUCGUUUUAUGUAUCUGUGUUAAUGGACAAAACGCAGAACAAAAUCGGCGGCGAUGACUGGUACGAGGUAUUAAGAGGUGAGUGUGGCUUUGAACGUUUUAAGCUGGAUACCGGUGCCGACAUUAAUGUGUUAUGUUAUAAGAGAUUUUUAACGCUAGGGUUUGACACGGAAAUGAUAUGCAAUAAUAAUAAAAUGAAAUUACAGUCGUUUAGCGGGGAUGUUAUUCCGAUAAGAGGAGUUUGUCAUCUUAAAUGGUGGCAUAAAAGUAAAAUGUAUGUUUUAAAAUUCGCAAUAGCAAAUAUUAAUUGUGAAAGUGUGCUGGGUCGACAAGCGUGUUCGGAACUAGGGUUAAUUCAACGGGUUUACGGCAUUAAUUUGGUAGAAAAUUCGGAUCUUUUUGAAGGCUUAGGAUGCUUACCUGGUGAGUACCAUAUAGUUAUUGAUAAAUCAGUUAAACCUGUAGUUUGUGCUCCGCGAAAAGUACCUCUAGGAUUACGUGAUAAAUUAUUAGAAGAAUUAAACAGGAUGACUGACUUAGGAGUCAUUAGAAAGGUCACUCACCCAACACAAUGGGUUAAUUCAAUAGUAAUUGCAGCAAAAAAGAACGGAACAUUGCGAAUUUGCUUAGACCCGAGACCUCUUAAUAAUGCUAUACAGCGUGCACAUUUCCAACUGCCAACCAUUAAGGAACUUGCCACUAAAAUUCACGGAGCUAGUUUUUUUUCUGUAUUAGACGCAAAUUCAGGUUUUUGGGCAAUAAAACUUGAUGAUCAGAGUUCAGACUUAUGCACCUUUAGUACACCGUUUGGGCGCUAUCAGUAUUUAAGAUUACCUUAUGGGUUAAACUGCGCUUCAGAGGUGUUUCAUGCUAAGAUUAAGCAAUUAAUAGAGGAUUUAGAUGGAGUAGAUUCUUUUAUAGACGAUAUAAUAUGCUGGGGACGAAAUAAAGACGAACAUGAUAGGCGUUUAAAUGCAUUAUUAAAUAGGGCUCGUGAAAUUAAUUUAAAAUUUAAUAAAGAUAAAUGUCGUAUAUGCGUUGAGGAAGUAACUUACUUUGGUCAUAUAUUUAACAAAAACGGGAUGAAACCAGAUUUAGAAAAAGUAAAAGCAAUAAAAAAUAUGCCAACUCCAAAAGAACGAAAAUCAUUACAACGAUUUUUAGGAGCCGUAAAUUAUUUAUCUAAGUUUAUACCUAAGUAUUCUGAGCGUAUUUUUCCGCUUACUCGAUUAUUGAAAAAGGACACAGAAUGGUGUUGGGAGAGUGAACAACAGAAUGCGUUUGAUUUAUUAAAAUAUUUAAUAAGCAAAUCACCCGUGUUGGCUUUAUAUGACGUAUCGCAACCGGCUGUAGUUUCGGUGGACGCGAGCAGUGUAGCGCUAGGAGCCGUGCUGUUGCAGGGCGGCCGACCUAUUGAAUAUACUUCAUGUACACUCACCGACACACAGACACGAUAUGCGCAGAUAGAAAAAGAAAUGCUAGCUAUUCUCUUUGCGUGUGAAAAGUUCCACCAAUAUAUUUACGGUAAAAGUGAUGUUUUAAUUGAAACAGAUCAUAAACCGUUAGAAAGCAUUUUUAAAAAACCCUUAGAUUCGAUACCAGCACGCUUACAGCGAAUGAUUUUACGAUUACAAUGUUAUGAUUUGAUAGUUACAUAUAAGCCUGGAAAAUAUAUGUACUUGGCCGAUACAUUGUCACGUGCUCCUAUUCCAGAACUAUAUAAUGAUAAAGUGAGUGAUAAUGUAUUAUGUCAAGUGUAUAUGAUAGUUUCUAACAUGCCCGUUUCACAUAAAAAAUUAAGUGUAAUUAAAAAUGAGACUUUGAAAGAUAAUAACUUAAAACUUUUAAUGAGAUAUAUAAAUCAGGGUUGGCCGGAAUAUAAAAGAGACAUUGAAGAUAAUUUAAAAUAUUAUUGGUCAAUGAGAGGAGAUUUAUUUUGUGUAGAUGGCGUUAUAUUUAAAAACAAACAAAUAUUAAUUCCCAGUUCCUUAAGAACCGAAAUGUUAAAAAUUAUACAUGAUGGACAUUUAGGGAUAGACCGCUGUAAAAGGCGCGCACGUGAAGUGCUAUUCUGGCCAGGGAUUUCUUAUGAUAUAGAGAGAUAUGUAAAUAGGUGUGUAGUGUGUCGAGAGAAUUCAAAUAACUCGAGUAAGGAACCGAUGAUUGCUGUUUCUAUUCCAAAUUUACCAUGA